UCAGACUUCAACCAUGGUAAAGAUUGCAGUUGUUCAAUUCCACAUUCGACAGACCAUCAGUGAUGAGGAUUGGGAUGUCAAAACCAACAUAAUGAAGGCUGAGCGCUUCAUUGCUGAAGCUGCACAGAGCAAAGCGGAUAUCAUUGUCUUUCCAGAAUACUUUUUGACCGGCCCACUGGAGGACAAAUCCCACCUCGUCGAUUGGGAGUCAAAGCAUCAUAAAGAAUUCUGCACACUGGCGAAAAAGUACUCAAUUGACAUCGUACCUGGAACCAUCGUGGAAGGCGACCAGUCUGAGGACGCCAUUAUAAACUGCGCCUACUACAUUGAUCACAAUGGUGAAGUCCUUUUGAAAUACCAAAAGGUACAUCUAUGGCACCCAGAAAGGAAAUGGCUUACAAGAGGCGGUGACGGUUACAAAACUGUCAAGACGCGAUUUGGAAUAACAGUCGGAUUGUGUGUAUGUUGGGAUAUUGCUUUCCCUGAAGUAUUCCGCGAAAUGGCAUUGAAGCAGCAUGCUCAGUUAAUCAUUGCUCCUGCGUAUUGGUGCUUCGAUGAUGCUGGUGCCAUUGGUCUGAACCAUGACGGAAACAGUGAAGUCAACUUGUUAAACGCCGUCUGUACCCUACGGCCUUUUGAGAAUGAGAUCUGCAUGGUCUUCUGCAACGCUGCUAAUGACGAAAACGUGGACCACUGCCCCGAACAAGAAAUUGAACAUCUUGUUGGCCGAUCUCAAAUAUGCGCUCCUUUCAAAGGCAAUCUUGUUCGUUGCGACCACGCAAGGGAAGAAAUGAUCAUGGCCGAUAUCGACGUUACUGGCAUCACAGAUGAUGCCGAACAAGUAUAUAAAAUCAGGAAGGAUUGGAACGAAGGCAAUAUUCACAAUGGGCCUCAAAGAAGAUAAAUGUACACAAUUGCUAUUUUGUUGUCAGUUUAACCCUUUAGACAUCACCCAUCUCGC